UUUUCCUUUACAGUAUAUAAAUAUUUGAAAUAAGUUGUCAGUAUCUGAAUAUAUCAUUUAAAUGAUAACAUUUAAAGGUUUGAGACAUAUACGCUGCUUGCCUUAAAUCUAAUCUACGCUCUGAAACAAUUUUGAAUGAAGGGGAAUUAGUGUUUUCUAACCGAGCCCUUUAAAAAUUAAGGAUAACCUCCCUUAGUUUGAAAUGUAGACAAAGAAGUUUUACAACUUUAUGAAGACUCAAGUAAUGUUUCUCGGUAGGAAUUGUAUUUGUAAUGGCUGCAAUACAGGAAGAAGUGUUUGCGUGUUCCGUGUCUGAAUUUGUCCGAGGGACAGAAAAGAAAAGAAUAACAGUCAACGACAACGAUAUAUUCAUCGUGAAAAUUGGAGACAAAUAUUUCGCCCUAGAUUCGUUUUGUUACCAUGCUGGCGGUCCUUUAUACAAUGGCGAUAUAGAGGUAGAGCUUGGUGGUCGUGCGUGUAUGGUAUGUCCCUGGCAUAAAUAUAAAGUGUGCAUCGACACGGGACAAAACUUCUACCAGUCGGUUGAUCCGAAAAACCCUAAGACGUCGGUGAAAUGGACGGCAGGACAGCGUCGCCAUAGAACGCACGCCGUUAUCGUCAGGGACGGUAAAAUAUACGUAACGUUAACGGAAAAAGACGGAACGCUGGACUCGGAUCAGUACAAUGGUCACCGAGCCUGAAAUCUGGAAAUCUAUGAUACAUUGAGUGUUUGUUUUACGGUAUACGGGUGAUGUCAGUGCUUUGUGAUGCUUCGAGUGCAUAUUUUGCGGUACGGGACCGCUUUGAGUUAUUUGUUUUCGCUAUUCCCUUUCUUUGGGAGAAUGUAUCGGUACGGUAAGAAACUCGUUACAGACACCAUGCGGACUAGCGCUUCUUUGGAAAUCUUUUAGCUCCCGCCCUGGCGCUCAAUUGAAUAAACGUCGAAUAAAGAA